AGCGCUGUAUUUGAAUUGGGGCGGACGUCUCGAGUGACGUCGGGAGCAAACGAGCUACCGACUCCACGCAUGGCUGAGUUCCCGCCCGCCCCUGUAGUUCAGCUGUAUAUAAGCGUUGGACCACGGCGACCGCUGCAUUCAGGACUCCACUGGUCUUCAGGUCGUCCAUUUUGUGCAGCUGUCAAAUUUUCCCGCCAUGUCAGUGUCGCGUGUGUCGUUGUUCGUCGUGGUGGCGCUGCUAUACAUGGAGUGCUGCCAUACAGCCUCGAUCCCCAGGAACUACGAAGGUCGUUUGUCAGAAGAAAUGCUGAUGACGCCCAAGAAGAGACCCUUCUGCAAUGCUUUCACUGGCUGUGGUCGCAAGAGGUCCCAACAAGCUCCUGGCAUGCCUGGCCAAGAGCUAAUGAGGCAGAAACAGUACAUGGAUGAUGAGACUCUCGGCUCACUUUUAGACUCAGAAACAGCCAUUGAAGAGCUAUCCAGGCAGAUUUUAUCUGAAGCCAAGCUCUGGGAAGCAAUCCAAGAGGCCAGCGCCGAAAUCGCACGACGAAAACAAAAAGAAUCGUAUUAAAAAAUCGAUUACAACGAAAUAUCGAUACCGUAGCGUUUCAAAUCGAUUAGUAAUUUUAAAAUAAUCGUUAUACAUUUCCAGGUUGCUCGACUACGGUUUUGACGUUUGGAGUUCGGUGUUACUAGUUGAGAAUAUUUUUCUGUUUUUGGUAGUUUUUGUUGGUAGUUUUUAGAAUGUGUAAAUUGUUCAUGAAAUAAAUAUUUUUGUUCUAUUCAUUACGAGAUUUUAACGGCAGUGAAGAUACAUCUUGUUUAAUCGUAUUUUACUCACAUUUCGCUCAAUGGUUUAAAAAUAUUUAGAAUUUGCCAUGUUGAACAAAUAUGAACUUUAUGUAUAAACGUUUUAAAGUUCAAAAUCAUCGAAAUGACUACCGUAGUCGAGUUUUAAUACUUUCUAUAAAGUAUAAUAUACACAUAAACCAUGCAUUUAUUAAAGACUUCAAAAAAUAUAAAAAAUAAUAUUUUUUAAGUAAACAGUGACUCGUGUAGUGUAGAGAUUGUCCAGUCAACUGAUGGUAGCGAGGUUCACUGUCCAGUGACACACGUACGCUGGUAUCGUCAUGAGCUAAUGUCGACAUGUAAACAGUGACUCGUGUAGUGUAGAGAUUGUCCAGUCAACUGAUGGUAGCGAGGUUCACUGUCCAGUGACACACGUACGCUGGUAUCGUCAUGAGCUAAUGUCGACAUGUAAACAGUGACUCGUGUAGUGUAGAGAUUGUCCAGUCAACUGAUGGUAGCGAGGUUCUAAUCCAGUGCAGAACUUAUUCUAUUUUGAAGUCUUUAAUAUUUCUAUUUAAAAAUGUUUGAUGCUACAAAAUGUAUUAAAAUUUAAUUUUAAAUAUGUUUUUAGUUAAGUUUACAACUAGGAGGUGGCUUAGUAUUAGAUGAAUUAAAUAAUAAUUAACAAUAAUAAUUAAAUAAUUGUUAGUUUUUGAUUGUAAUAAACUAGAGAAGGGUAUUAAAAUAUCCGUGGUGAAAAUUA